AUGGCGAACGCUGAUGCUGGAAUGGAGCCGCGCUGGCAGCACUUGCUCGGAGAUGCGAACGAUGAAACUGACCCACCCGGUUUCCAGCUCCAUGGAUUCAUCGACCACAACUUGAAUGGAGUGUACAUUCGCAGUCGCGAGACAACACCCGGACAUAUCAACAACAGGUAUCUGUCCUACCGGUGUCUUUCCACCGGUAUCUUCAUGUGGUACCAAGAGAAGAAGCAACGCUACUGCGUGAGCUUUCCCACAGACCCGGUGCAUGGUGACUUAUGGCAAAGAGUGAAGACAGGAGAAGAAUGGGCCGUGGCAUGGUACAGGCCGAUCUUUAGCGCAGCUGGCUCGGUGGGCGAACUGGAGGACCGCUGGAUGGAACAAAACCCGCAAACUGGCUUGUUGGACUUGCACCCCAGAGGUGCCAUCACGUACAAGAAGCUGGAACGUGCGGAGGUUUUUGCCUACCUGCGGGCGCGCGGCAGCAUGGCCCCUCCGGAGACCUCGGAGCCGCCACGGCGUUCAGUCCCAUCCACAAACCCGUACACGCCAGCCCCAAGGCCCGGCAACGUGACACCAACAAGUUUGCUCCCUGCUCUGGCUGGCGACGCAGCGCCAUCGGCCGCAAACCGGCCCGGCAACGUGACACCAACGAGUUUGCUCCCUGCUCUGGCUGGCGACGCAGCGCCGUCGGCCGCAAACCGGCCCGGCAACGUGACACCGACUAGCUUGCUCCCUGCUCUGGCUGGCGACGCAGCGCCGUCGGCCGCAAACCGGCCCGGCAACGUGACACCAACAAGUUUGCUCCCUGCUCUGGCUGGCGACGCAAUCGGCCGCAAACCGGCCCGGCAACGUGACACCAACGAGUUUGCUCCCUGCUCUGGCUGGCGACGCAACGCCACCGGCUGUGGUCGAGGGAGCUCCCGCGACACCUCGGGAGGUCGAGAGCCUGGCACCAGCUCGUCGAAGCCUGCCGCGGCCGAAGCGCCCGCGCACGGGUGA